AUGACGCUGCAUGCGGUAGACCGUCAGAAACCUUCCCACACCGGCCAGGAGAAAAAUCAAAACCGCUUCUUCUCUCGGCGGCUUGUCAAGCCACACUAUGGACAGGUACCAUCGGCCGAUGACAGCGUUGCCGCCGUUGCCUCGCCGUCUCAUCUUCGUCAGAGACCGCCGGCCCUCAACAAAAUCAACCACAAACAUCAUACCAUGAAAUUUACAAUUAUCCGAACCUCUCCAGCCAUGCCGUUAUCCAAGUCCAGUGAGCUCAUAUGCUUUGCCAUCGAGAUGGCCGGCCGAACUCGACCACAGUUAACGUUACUCCGGUUUCACCUCACGUUGCGAGUCCCGUUGCGAGUCCCGCCAGCUGGGGCUACUAGCCUGCUGGCAAGGCCCUCCACAAGAAGUUCUCUACUGCCGUUGAGGGGUACAAGCAAAGCAAACUUCGGCCGCUCUUCUCUUCACGUCGUCUUGGCAGGGGCGAGGAGACAACAAAGUGGACAACAAAGUACCCGUAACGUUCUCGAAGACGGCGAAUCAUCGUCCAACUUUCCUCUAGACGGUCUGGACAUUUGUCCCGACCCCCCGGCCACGAAAUACUCGCUCGCUCAACCGACACAUGACAUUCUCGUCAAGUCGCCGGACCGAAUCGAUAUUCUUACGUCCCGUCCCGCCUUUCUGUCUCGGCACCAUUACCAGCGCAAUCUUGACCAAAUUCAACCGAAUGUUCUUCCAAUAUUCCCAAUAACCCCUCUCCCUCACUCCAUCAUCUCAUCAUCUCCAAGACCCGCAGAAUGGCCUGAUUGUGCCCCAACAAAAUGCUUAUCUAUUAUGGUCUAUUGGGUGAAGACGGACCAUCAGAGUUGGGACCGGCAGUGGCAGUCUUCGAAGGCCGGAAAGUUCUUCUCCGCUUUGCAAGGACAGCAGCUCAAGAGGUCUCCCUUCAUAGUCGGGAAGCUCAGCCAUCCUGCCAACACAACAAGGCUCCCUCGCGGUCCCAAGAUGAAGACCACCGCAGCUCUCGUCCUCACCGCCGUCGCCGGGGUGCUCGCCGCCCCUGCGCCUGCUCCCGAGCUCCUGGAGCUGACCAAGUCGGUCCCCCAGCGCGCGCAGACCGUCAACCCGGCCUUUGCCCCUUCGAAGCGCGACGCGCAGUACCACGGGCAUGGGUCGUCGUGCCACAGCCGCCACUGCCACCAGUCCUACUCGCACAGCUACUCGUACAGCUACCACGACUGGUACAACUGGUGCCACAGUCACUGUUGGCACAAGAAGAACAAGCGCGACGCCGAGCCCGGUGCCCAGGUGCCCAGCGCCCCCCAGCCUGCCUUGGGCAAGCCGCACCUCACGGAUCCCGAGAAGCGCGACCCCUCUGGCGGCGGCCACCAUGGCCACUCCUAUGACUACAAAUACUCGUACGACUGGUACUACAACUACUACUGGAGCCACCACGGGGACAAGAAGCAUCACCAUAAGCGCGCCGAGGAGGCCGACGCCGCCGUGGCUCAGCAGGCCCAGCAGGCCGAGGAGGCUCAGCAGGCUCAGCAGGCCCAGGAGGCUGAGCCGGCUCAGCUAGCCGACCAGUCUUUCACCGCCGCCGAGUUGGAGCAGUUGAACCAGAUGGCCGAGCAGGCCGAGCAGGCCCAGCAGGCGGACGCGCAGUGGUGGGGCUGGCGCUACCGUAACCCCUGGUGGCGCUACCCCCCCGGCCGCUACCCCCCCGGCCGCCGCCCGCCUUGGGGCCGUGCCGGGCGCAACCCCGCCGCUGCCGGUGCCGCCGUGAACAAGCGCCAGGAGGCUCCUGAAUCCGCCGAGCCCAUCGAGUCCGAGGCGGACGAUGCCACCGAGUCCACCGAGCCCAUGGAGCCCAACGAGGCGGACGAUGACACCGAGUACACAGAGGCCAUCGACUCCGCCGACUUGGCCGAAUCCACCGAGCCCAACCCGGCCACCACCGAGGCCGACGACGAAGCCCUGGCCAACGAGCUCGCCACCGCCGAGCUCGCCGAGUCCAACGAAAUGGCGCGCCUGGCCCAGAUCGCACAGACGGCCGAGGCCGACGGGGCGGCCCGGUGGUGGCGCUAUCGCCAUCGCUACCCCUGGUGGCGCUUUCGCCAGCCCUGGCGGGGCACGCGUGGUCGUCCCUGGCGGGGCGGCCGGGAGGCCAAGCGUUCGGAGGAGCCGGACAAGGAGCGCAGGAGCUGCUGGGGUGGUUGGUGCAGCAGCUCGUCGUACUCCUCGUACAGCUACAAAGACUGCUACUACCACGGUCACUGCGGCGGCUACUAG